AUGACACCAUGCAGUUGUCUACUUAAGUCCUCCUUCCAUCCUCACUUGAGCAGUAAUUCAAUUGAUCUUUUCUGUUUACUACACGACAAUAUGAGCCAGCCAAACAUCACCCUUUACACUGCCCAGACCCCGAAUGGGAUCAAGAUCUCCAUGGCCUUGGAGGAGCUUGGUCUUCCCUACAAGGUUGAGAAGAUCGACAUCUCGAAAAACACCCAAAAGGAAGAAUGGUUCCUCAAGAUCAACCCCAAUGGCCGUAUCCCUGCCUUGACAGACACAUUCAGUGAUGGCCAGGACAUCCGAUUGUUCGAAUCCGGCAGCAUCCUGGAGUACUUGGCAGAACAAUAUGACACAGACCACAAGAUCUCCUUCCCCAAAGGCACGCGGGAGUAUUAUGAGAUGAAGUCCUGGUUAUACUUCCAAAAUGCGGGCCUGGGGCCUAUGCAAGGCCAGGCCAAUCACUUCUCGCGCUACGCACCCGAGCGCAUUGAGUACGGCGUGAACCGAUAUGUCAAUGAGUCUCGUCGUCUGUAUGGUGUCCUCGACAAGCACCUCGCCGAUUCCAAGUCCGGAUAUCUCGUGGGCGAUCACGUCUCGAUCGCUGACAUCUCACACUGGGGUUGGGUGGCGGCUGCAGGAUGGGCUGGAAUUGAUAUCGAGGAAUUCCCUCACGUCAAGGCGUGGGAGGAGCUGAUGGCACAGCGAGCAGGCACUGAGAAGGGCCGCCAUGUCCCCUCCCCUCAUACUAUCAAGGAUCUGCUGAAGGAUAAGGCGGCCAUGGAUAAGCAGGCCGCAGAGGCUCGAGCAUGGAUCCAGCAAGGCAUGGCGACGGAUUCGAAGAGCAAGGUCUAG